CGUCGCCACGAGGGAGAAAAAUUGGCUGGAUACCAUUACUGUCAAAAAGACAACCCUCGCACCUGCGAUUUGAAAUCGUUAGUCAAUAGUCUCAGCACAAUGCUCUCGAAGAGUCUUUCCGAAUAUGCUGCCUUGGUUGAGAAACUACAGACUGAUCAAUUUCGAGAUAAUCCUAACGCACUGUUCGAUUUGUUAAUUACUACGCCAUUGCAGCAAAUGAAUGAAAAUACCAGACAUUUUCUUGUCAUUGACGGCUUAGAUGAAGGAGGUGCCAUGAUUGCUUCUUGCUUUGCCAGAUUAUCAGGAACACUUCCUUCGUGGCUUCGCGUCAUUUUGGCUGCAAGACACAAUUCUCCCGCUUUAUCGGGCCUUUUUUUAAAUUCCACCUCUGCUAAACUAGACCAAUUUGAGACUAGUCUCGAGUCCCUGUCUAGCAAAGAUAUUCGUCAGUUUGUCUCCAUGAAGUACAGAAAACUUCAAACUGAAUUUAACUGUAUUCCUUCUUUCUUUGCUAAUGACGAGCAAGUAGGCCAAGAGAAAAUAGUUCAGGCUAGUCAGAACUGCUUUCUUUAUGCUAAACUUGUGAUGGAACACAUCUUUGAUGGCCAUAAUGAAAUUGGUUUGCCUGCCUCGUUAUCUGAGAUUUACUGCUUGGACUUCAGGCGUCGCUUUCCAAAGAUAGAAUUAUUUGAGGAAAAAGUUGCACCUGUGCUUCAGAUUGUGCUUGCCAUUCAAUCUGCCAAGGCUUUUAUGGAUAGAGAGAUUGACAUAAAAGGUCGGUUAAAUUGCGCAACUUUCCUUCCCUCUUUUUUUAGUGAAGGUGAAAUAAUUCGUUUACAGAAUUUCCAGCGGGCUUAUGAGGAGAGCGAUGAAAGUGUUACAGGGGUUGUGAAGUGUGGUUUGCUGCCCGAAAUUAAGAUGCAUGAUCUCAAUAAAGUCCUUAAACUUCUAUCAGGCUACUUAGUAAAGGACGAUUCUGGUAAAUACUAUUUCAGCCAUAGUUCUGUAAGAGAUUGGUUGCAAGACGAAGAGUCAGAUUUCUUUUGCGAUGUACUCAACGGGCACUCCAUUAUGGCAAACUAUACCUUGAAAACUCUUAAAGUUAAGUAUCCUUCACCAGAGAAUUUCGGUGAAGAUCUAUGUUUUCGUCCGAAACAUUCAUAUCCUAUUGCUCUUCUAGAUCUCAAAUUCUUUUCUUUGCGUUAUCUCUUUCAUUCCAGUGAGAGCGGGAGUUCAAACGUGAAUGUUCUAAUAUCUGAAUUAGGUAUUAAAGCAAUCGACCUUCUUCAUGUCGCAUUUCACCCUGGUAAUAUUUGUGAAGGUUGCAUUUGUUCCGAGUAUAUGGCAAUGAAAGUUCUCGAGAAAACAGAUGUUUUGAAUAAAAUGACCAUACAGGAAAAAGCUGAACAUCUUGACCUUGCUCUUUGGUUGCAUUAUGCAAAAAUUACUGCCAAGUUCUUUGAUAGCCGCACAUACUGGACUUUUAGUCACGAGGCCAUCAUACGUUUGAACUUGAACAUCAAACUACCACAGCUCGUCCCAAAGGAAUCACUGCCCCAGUUAUUAUUUUCGUCUCUCGAGGAUACUAUGAUUCACGAUAACAUAUUUAAAUUUUGUGUAAAAAAUGGAUUGACGGCGGAUGUAUGUGUUCCUCAAUUCUUUCAGAACACCAAGGGCUUUGACUCGUCCAUCUGCUGGAACGAAGAUGUCCAAGAGUAUUUUAGGAAAUUGAAGUCAGGCGAAAAGAAUGUUAUCACUUUGGAGUCCCUUAAAGAGAAGCCAUUUUAUCCAGAAGAAGCUAAAGUGUCGGAAUUUACAUUGGAGAUCAUUCAGAAACCUCUUUCAGGUAUUGAUUACAAAUAUUCUUGUAAAUCUGCAGGUGUGCAUGGUGAAAAAAUUAUUCUUUGAUAUAAAGUUGAUUAAGCGUAUUCUUAAAAAUAGCUUUGGAAAAAACCUAGUUUGUUAUAUAUGAAAGCAAUACACCUCAUCGUAUACUGUAGGCUGUAUUCUGUGACCAAAACAGUUGCUGCUUAGAAAACGCGUUUUGUUGCCUCCCUUCGGUCACUACUUUAAAAUUACAUAAAUGUAUAGAUUCUGAUAUGCCUGGCACGAAUUUAUUCAUGAAAACCUGCAGUUUCUUUAUAUUUUACGAUCAAACAUCAUCAUUUUCUAUUAAAAUUAGCAUUUUUUUUAAACUUCAUGUUAUACACAGUUAUUGCACUAGUUCAAAGGCGGGGGAGGGUAACACGCGGUUCAUCUCAAUACGAAAUUGCAAGAUUCUUUAUCAAGAAUUUUACAGAUUCAAAACUUGUCCUACAAUUUUCGGGGGUUAACAACGAACAAGGAGCGCACGAUAUUCGAUAGAUCUUCAGGACGCAGAUGUAUUUUAUUAACACAAAUUGACCCUUGGCAGCAGUUCUUUCAAAAACUACCUCAUGCACGAAAUCUGAACUUUUUCCUGUGGGGCAUUAAGUGCUGACCACGAUCAUACGUUUCAAUUUGUUCACGCUAAAUCUCUCUAGUAUACACUUUUUUAGAUCUAACCGGGAGCAGCUGCGAAAAUGGAAGUAAUAGGCCCUUUGGCUGCGAUUCCGGUGUAAUGCUCUAACGCGCUGUGCAACAAAGACCAGUUGCUAAACAUUGAGGUCCUAAAGUUGCAUGGCUGUUAGGUCUGAAAAAGUGUAUAGAAAUUUAGGUUUGAAAAUUCAAUCUAAAAAACCAUUCACUAUUAAUUGUAUCGAACGAGAUUCCCAAAAUGUCGAUAUAAGAAUCUUUAUCAAUCUACUCUUUGCAAUUUCAUAUAUAAUUUAACAAUAAACCCAAAAGCUGAUGCAAUAUAUCUCACGCCACCGCUCUGCGAGAUAAGUCCACAUUACAGCGAUUUUUUAUAAUUUUUUGACGAAUGAUGGUAAAUUUGCUUUGUAAAUGGUUAGUCAGUAUUUUGAAAGAUUGCUUUUCACAUUGUUUUAAUUGUCUGCAUUGGUUAAUGAGAAUUAGAUGCCAACCAAAAAUGGCGGAUAUUCGUCAUCGUGAGAAAGGCUAAUUAUUGACGAUUUACUGCAUAUAACCGCGUGAUAAGAGACUUGAAUUGGUGCAAUAAUGUUAAUACAAAAUGUUGAUCUUUCAUCGUAAAAUACAAAGAAACUUUUUCAAAGAAACAGGUUUUUACGAGUGACAACAAGUUAAUUCAUACUCAGCAUAUAAAAAUCUAUAGAUUCAUCUACACUUAAAGUUGCGCCCGAAGGGGGGUGGGGGCAGAACUUAACUGAAACCAAAUCACAGAAUACGUCUUAUUACGUACAUUCAAUUCUUCCUGUUACCAUACCCCCAAAUGUACACCAACGGAGUUUUGUUGAGCAUCUGGUGCAGGAGGUGUCCCGUGGGGGUAGGGGUUAGGAAUACACAUGUUCACAGCCGAGGGGCUUUGGGACUCGUAGAAAAAUUCAAAACAUGGGCCCACUUGCACUCCAACUGUUUUUUCUUGCAUAUUUAAACAUUCCUGUAGAUCACAGAUUGCGUUGGAAAUUGGAAGAAAAAAUGCUUCGUUUAACACUGUAAUAACAUCGCCUUUGAUAGCCCUAGUGAACACGUUCUAUCGCUUAGUGAAUGCCUUUCAAAUGUCGACAUUCGUGAAAUUUUGAUAACGUGUUCGUGUGCAAUAUUGCCCAUGGGAGGGGAAUUGGCUUUUCUUUAUUUGGCCAGGGGUGGGGAAUUGACAGUUUACGAAUAAAGAAUACAUAAAUCCCCGGGGGGAGGGUAACAGGAAGAAUCGAACCAUGCAUGAUGCAGACAAUUCUCUGCUGCGUACGCCUUUCUAAACGGACACCUCCUUAAUAUCAACGCCUUUCUAAUAAUGCGGACACCUUUCCAAUGUACCGCCGUCCACAUUAAUCCGUUUUCGUUUGAAAACGUAUACUUUUCCACGCGUUUUCGCCAAUCUUCCACCUAAUACGAUGGAAAACGGAUGCCUUCAUUCAAAACGGCUUUGAAAGUAGGUGAAGACAACGCGGGCGUAUACAUUGGAUUAGUAUGGACGGGCGAAAACGAAGGUUUUCAAAAACGCGGACGGUAUGAACACAAUCAUUCGUAGUGAGUGUGUUGUUUUUCCGAAUUUCAAAUGAAUUGCUUGUCUUGCACUGGAUAUAAUGAUGAUUAAUCUGCAAGCAUAACUUGCAAAGACAAUCAAAUGCUCUACACUAUGUCCUAGGUUAAUCAUUUAAUUUAUUUCUGAGAUUGUAAAGCCACUAUAGAAGCUCUAUUAUCGGCGACGUUUUUAGGUCCAACCUCGGUAAAUUUGUCUCUUUCUCCGUAAAAAUGUUCCUGGCCUUCUUGUAGAUUUUUGCAUGAAUGAAACGGUAAAAUGAAUGAAAAUCAAAAAUAAUAAAAAAUUAUCGUUUUCUAAGUGCUAAUGUGGUAAAAAACGAUCCAAAAACGCUACUUUGGACGCAGAUAUUUGUAUGCGUUUUCGAAACAUCAAGAACGAAGGGAUUCGAAAACGGAUUAAUAGUGUGGACGUAGCCUACCUUCCCAAUACGGAUACCUCUCUAAUAUGAAUACCUCCCUAAUAGAGAUACCUCGCUCAUACAGACACCUCUCUGAUAGUGUUAAUGUGUAUUCUUUGCGAGGUACAGUAUGUAGUUUCACUAUAGUUGGCCGUAUACAUGUAUAUAAUAAUUAUGCUUUAUUCUUAUUCAGAAAUUGAACGCCUUCUGAGAGAUGGAAUGAUUUAUGUGGAGUUCAAGUAUGCCUGGCACUCGCUUUUACCAGGAGAGUUUCAGAUUUUCCGAGAUGAAAAGCUACAAAGGGUAGAAAAGUGUUUAAAGCAUGGAGCAAACCGAAGCAACAGAGGAGGUCCUGGGGUAACUGCCCUAAUGCUAACGUGUGAGAACCUAAAUGAUCUUUUUAAGGAUUCACCUGCGGCGGAACAGGUGAUGUCGUUACUCUUGGAUCACGGAGCUGAAGUGAAUCAACAGGAUUUUUAUGGACGUACUGCGCUUCAUUAUGCAUUUGAAUCCAGAUAUAACACUGAAGAAAGGCUUCCUCGAAAACAACGUGCUAUUGAAAUCCUUAUUCAGCACAAUGCAGACAUUUAUCUAAAAGAUUCGUCUGGCCAUUCCGCCUUUGACAUGGCUAAGCGUGCGGGAUACGAAUCAUGGUUAAAAACCGAUGAAGCAUCAUUGACAGGAACAUGCGCUCAAAGAAAGGAAAAACAUCCUGUUCCAUAAGCUAACCAUGAACUCGAUAAGCCUGCUCUAAUCUGAACUAGUCCCUUAUUCAACAGAAAGCAAGACUCGUACGAGAUCUGAUAAAAAUAAAGAACUUAAUGCUAUUACUUGGAACCCCAAAACUAACCUUAGUGACCAAAGCACGUACACGUUUACACUGGAAAUUUCAAAGAAUUGAACCAACUGCAAAAAAGUUAUUCCGUCAUCGUUUUUGGUGACCACUUUUGCAGUUGAUUCAUUUGGAAAUUUACAGUGAGGUAAUACAAUUAAGUAACAAUAUAUAUAGCAUUUAUAUAUAGGCAAAGAGUAACAAAUGAUGAACUGCAUGGCAAUACAAUUAAGUAACAAGAUAUAUAGCAUUUGUAUAUUAGGGCAAGAGUGACCAGACAUUGAACUGGUAGUACAAUUAAGUAGCCUAAGAAUAUAGCAUUUGACAUUUGUAUGUUUCAUAAAUUUCAUGUAGUUUUAAAGCAGUUAGUGUUAAAAUUUUGAUACGUGUACAAUAUAUAGCUAGCACUAGUUGCAUAUUCAUAAAUUUCAUGUAGUUUUAAAAGCAGUUAUUGUAAGAAUUUUGAGAAGUGUAUAAAAUACAUAGCUAGCACUCAGGGCCGCACAGGGAAAUUCGAGGGCCUGGCGCAAAUUUUUAAUUCAGGGCCCCUAUUUAGGGGGAGUAAAAAAUUUUCUCAGACAUAUCCAAAAA